AUGCAAUUGCCGGUUCUUGGCUGCACUUUCCUCACGCUGUCAGAUCAUGAGGAAAGUACUGCCGAGAACCGGCAGUUGUCAGAGCAGGGAUCAGCACCGAUCAUCAGUGCCCUGAUGAUCGGUGCCCAGCAGUGCCACCCACAAGUUCCGCUCUCCUGUGCCCAGCACUCCGCCCACCUGUGCCCAGCAGUGCAUCCACCUGUGCCCAGCAGUGCACCCACCUGUGCCACCCAGUGUCACACAAGUGUGCCCAGAAGUGCCACCUACCUGUGCCCACCAGUGCCACCCCCACCUGUGCCCACCAGUGCCCCAGUCAGU